GGCGGGAGACACACCCUCAGAUCCGCAGGACGAGGCUCCACCGGGCAGCUGAUGGGAUGCAGAGAGGAGAGAGACGCUGUGGGUGAUGUUUGGAUCCUGAGUCAGAGUCUCAGGGCUGCAGCAGAACUGGCAGUCAUGGCCAAACACCGGACUCCUGAUCCCCAGUGACCUGUGUCGCCAUGCCAACUCCUACGGUCCUCACAACAACCACGGGUCCUCAGAGAAGUCGCUAGGGUUUACGAGCAUAUUUACAUCUCUGUGAGCCUACAUAACGUGGAUCAGCCCUGAGCGAGAGAGAGACCAGGAGGCAGAGAUGGUUUUCCGGUGGAGUCUCCUGCUGAUCUUCACAUUGCUGGGGACGACGGGACUUGUGGUUGGAUGUGUGUGUCCAGCAGCCACCAUUUUGUCCCAGUUUCCCUCCGAGGUUCCUGCUGGCAUCUGUUGCCUGAACUACUCCGGCUCUGCUGUCAGCCAUGUGCGCUGGUCUGUGUUUACCAAUGAGACAAACAUAGAGACGCUGGAUCUCUCCAACUGUAAUAUCAGUUCUGUUGAUGCGAGCGGCAGAGAGGCUUCUACACUGCAAAAAGUUUACUUAGGUCAUAAUAGACUAAUGGAGUUGCCAAGGGAGUUUCUGGCCGGCCAGCCCAGCCUGAGGGAGGUGGAUUUGAGCGGGAACCUGCUUCAGGAGCUUCCUGAGGGUUUCCUCCAGGACUCUGACAACCUCCAGAAGCUGUAUCUUCAGGGAAACCGGCUACGCUUCCUCCCCGGCUCUGUGUUGCAGAAGCCCAGUCUGCAAAGGCUGGAAGUGGAGGGGAACCCCUGGGACUGCUCCUGUUUGUCACUGGAAGCCGUGGAGGAAGGCAGGAGGGCUAACAGGACCGCCAAGCUGCAGGAUCUGCUGGGGAACCUCACCUGCUUCUCUCCGAGCCACCUGGCCGGCAGGACUGUGUGGUCGGUGAGGCUCAGCGACGUGUGCCGCCCCGCCGGCCUCACCGCACUCUUCAUUGUGCUCCCCCUCCUCAUCCUGGCUGUUUUGGUGCUCUGCUGGUGCUGCGGGAGGAAGAAGAAGAAGAAAGACACGCCUGUGUUCAGCACCUCAAAGAAGAAAGACUCCGGCUGCAACGGCCAGAAACAUCGCAGCAAGCAACGACCUGCGGCUGCUGAGCAGAAUAAAGCUAAGAACUGUGGCAGUGAGGGGAUCCUGAAGAACCAGCUGCUGCUACGCCCGGCAUCCACCCUCCUGGGCAGCACCAGAGACAUCUAUGAAGAAGUGGAGAUCAAGCUGGGAUCGGUGGAGUCUCUUCCCCGAGUCUCCUCACACUGUUCCAGCUCUACAGAGGGGAAGCAGGGCUCCCAGGGGCCCGGCGGGGCCAGCAAGACAGAGCUGGACACAGUCAGUGUGACUGAAGUGAUGAAAGACUCAGCCGACAGGGAGAAGGCUUACCUGACCCAGUCCACUGAAUACUACAGCCUGGUUCCAGGCAUCGAGCUGGAGGACUCGGACCACGGAGAGUAUGAGAAUGUGGACCUCUCAUGACGCCAUCUUAAAGGAAUAGUUUGACAUUUUGUCAAGUAUGUGUGUUUGCUGCCUUGCUGAGAGUUAGGUGAGAAGAUCAGCAACACUCACAUGUCUGUGUGUUUAAAGCCCUUGAAGCCGAUCGCUGUGAGCGAUGAGGUCAGGUCCGACACCAACCACAGAAGUUUUUGAUGAACUGGUUUAAAGUGGUGUGACCAACACAGCCCGAAUGUACCAGACUUUAUAACAUAAUUAUGUACAUUUUGAAACCAGGUUUUCAGGAUCUUUAAGUAGCAUAGCUUAGCAUAAUGACUUUAAUCAAGGGUAAACAGAUAUAGCUUGGCGCUGUCCCAAGUUCAAAAACAUGGCUCUUCUAUUCUAAUUCUCAACAAGAAAGCGAAGAAGUGUAUUUCCACAAAAUUUCAAAUUACUCCUUUAAAUGCACUAAAGAGUGUGUCAGUGUGUCAGUGUGUGUGCGCGUGUGUGUGUGUGUGUCUCAGAGAAAAAGCCAGUUGUCUAUCGACACAGAGACAGUGUGGUCCGACCACUGCGGUAUCACAAUGUAAGGGGGAAGUGAUUUAAUCUGGAGCUUUUCCUGUGGGACCUGAGCAGCACAGUGACUGUUUGAAAGGGAGGCCCACUUUUUUCUCUCUGGAAAAAACAAGCAAUUUGCCAGCUGUCAUUAUUCUAUUUAAUGCUGCGCUCCAUGCAAAUGUACACUUCGUGUUGUGUUCAAGUCAACAAAGAACAGGACAUAUUUUUAAUUCCUGUGCUUACUUCAUUCAAAGUCAAGCAAGCUUUUGUACAGUGUGUGCUUUCUUUUACCUCACCCAAGAGUCACUGUUAUAUACAUCCAAUUUUGACUUACCUACUUAUUAUUCUGCCCUACAGGAUGUUCUGAAUCAAACUCACCUGAAGCUGCACAACUAGAAAUAUAGGUGCUUAACAGUGACUAAUCCCUUCGCAAUGUCCCCAGUUAACUGAAUGCCAAACGUGGAAUGUAAAGCUUUGGUGAGAAGUCUAAAUUUAUAUAAGUCAUUAAGCAAAGGGUGAAAUCACAGAUGCUUGCACAUGGCUUUGCUUCACAAACUGAAAUGUGCACAUAGGUUGGAAAAUGCCACAUCCAAAUGCUGGUGAAUGCUGGUUUAAGAUAAAAAUCUCUGUAGUGCCGGUUCAGUAAACUGAGAUGUAGAGCGUUUCUGUGCAGCGGCGAAUUCAACGUAACGACACUGGAGAGGAAACCUACACAAAAGAGGAAAAAAAAAGCCAAAAAAACUGAAGAUCAGGGUCAUCGUGGAGGAGCAGGACGCAGACAGUCGACUGUUAUCUAACAUGUUGAAAACAGACAGGCGUCUCACUCUCACACUUGUUGGCUUUGAAUGCUAAUUGGUUUGUGUUCAGUGAGACAGAGUGAGCGAGGGUGCAGCGAAGGGUGUGGAGCUUCCUGGAAUUUAAAAAGAACCGAGGUGUAUUUUCCACACGGGUUCUCACAUAUUUUCCAUUAAGGCUUCAUUUAUCAACAUUAUGAGAUUUAUUGCGCUCCCAAUGCCAAACGCCUUUAGGUCAAAAGACAAAAUGACAAAUGUUGCAUUUUGUUAUUUUUAGUUCAAUUUCUUCCCAGUGUGUCGAGACACUGAGGUCGCGUCCUAGAUUCCUUCUCUUUUUUUUCUAAUACUUAUUUUUGGGAGGAACUGUGGGGGUUUUGGAAACCUGGAGGGAAUUUACAAUCUCCAGUUGGUCGUUCACUAAACCCUGCCUAUGAUUGGUGAUGUCCAGUCAUAGCCCACCAAUAGUAACUAGCCAAUAUAAUAUACAGGUGAAACUCAAAAAAUUAGAAUAUCGUGCAAAAGUUCAUUCAAGUCAGCAAUUCAACUUCAAAUGUGAAACUAACACGUGAUAUAAACUCAGUACAUGCAAAGCGAGAUAUGUCAAGGCUUUAUUUGUUAUAAUCUUGAUGAUCAUGGCUUACAGUUUUUGAAAACCCCAAAUUCCAAAUCUCAGAAAAUUAGAAUAUUUGGAAAAGGUUCAAUACUAUAGGCUCAAAGUGUCACACGCUCAUCAGCUAAUUAAUCCAAAACACCUGUGAAGGGUUCCUGAGUCUUUAAAUGAUCUCUCAGUGUGGUUCAGUAGAAUUCACAAUCAUGGGGAAGACUGCUAACCUGACAGUUGUGCAGAAACCCAUCAUUGACACCCUCCACAAGGAGGGAAAGCCUCAAAAGGUAAUUGCAAAAGAAGUUGGAUGUUCUCAAAGUGCUGUAUCAAAGCACAUUAAUAGAAAGGUAGCUGGAAGGGAAAAGUGUGGAAGAAAAAGGUGCACAAGCCGCAGGGAUGACUGGAGUCUGGAGAGGAUUGUCAGGAAAAGGCCAUUCAAAAGUGUGGGGGAACUUCACAAGGAGUGGACUGAGGCUGGAGUUAGUGCAUCAAGAGCCACCACACACAGACUGAUCCUGCAAAUGGGCUUCAAAUGUCGUAUUCCUCUUAUCAAGCCGCUCCUGAACAACAAAAAACGUCAGAAGCGUCUUACCUGGGCUAAAGACAAAAAGAACUGGUCUGUUGCUCAGUGGUCCAAAGUCCUCUUUUCCGAUGAGAGCAAAUUUUGCAUCUCAUUUGGAAACCAAGUUCCCAGAGUCUGGAGGAAGAAUGGAGAUGCACACAAUCCAAGAUGCAUGAAGUCCAGUGUGAAGUUUCCUCAGUCUGUGUUGGUUUAGGGAGCCAUGUCAUCUACUGGUGUUGGUCCACUGUGCUUUAUUGAGUCCAGAGUCAACGCAGCUGUCUAUCAGGAGAUUUUAGAACACUUCAUGGUUCCUUCAGCAGACAAGCUUUAUGGAGAUGCUGACUUCAUUUUCCAACAGGAUAUGGCACCUGCCCACACUGCCAAAAGUACCAAAACCUGGUUAAAUAACCAUCAGAUAACGGUGCUUGAUUGGCCAGCAAACUCGCCAGACCUGAACCCCAUAGAGAUUUUAUGGGGCAUUGCCAAGAGAAAGAUGAGAGACAUGAGACCGAACAACAAAGCAUCCUGGUCUUCCAUAACACCUGAGCAGUGCCACAGGCUGAUAGCAUCCAUGCCACGCUGCAUUGAGGCAGUAAUUCAUGCAAAAGGGGCCCAAACCAAGUACUAAGUACACAUGCAAGAUUUAAACCUUUCAGAGGGCCAAUAUUUCUCUGUUUAAAAUCCCCUUUCUAUUAAUCUUAUGUGAUAUUCUAAUUUUUUGAGAUUUUCAAUUUGAGGUUUUCAUAAGUUGUAAGCCAUAAUCAUCAAAAUUAUAUCAAAUGAAGGCUUGAAAUAUCUUGAGUUGCAUGUUAUGAACCUAUGUCAUACAUUAGUUUCACCUUGUAAAUCUAAUUGCUGGAAUAAACAAACCUUUGCACGAUAUUCUAAUUUUUUGAGUUUCACCUGUAUAAGCCCAGCCCAAGUCAAGCUUUGGAUUUCUCCACAUGUUGCGAGAUACUUGAUGUUUAAAGAGUGAAAACACAAGAGUUAAAUCAUAAGGAAUGGAUUACACAGCCCACAGCUGAAUGUCAGUUCCAGGCUCAAUGAGCAUGGGAAAAUGAGUUUGAGCUCCCAUUGUCUUCAUCCCACUGAUAAUACCACGACUAACCAGCCCGUCCCUUCAGCCUCAGUCUUUAACCAUCAUUCUGUAUCAUGUUUGUAGCCAUCAGUUGCAGGCGAACGAGUCGGCAGGAAACAUUUAAUUACAUAUAAUUAACUUAUCCGUUGGGGGAAAUCGGCGGUGACCAGUUAGGAAUAAAAGGCUGCUUUUGUCUUCCUCUGUCUGAAAUCAAAAAUUCAUUGUGUUAAAAACAACACAAAAAUUGAUGGUAAAUCUGCCACUGUUAUAACUGUAAACUGCCUGAUGGGCCAUAUGACAAAGCAGAGGUUGACAAGCAUAGAAGCAGGGGGGCUCACUGAACUGCAAAUUAAAACAUUAAACAUACUGUGUUAUUAGAGGAUGAGUGGGUUUUGUUUUUACUCGAUUACUUCAACUUGACUACGUCCAGGCCAACAGAAUGAAAUAAAAAAUAAAUAUAGAAUAAAUAUAUAAUAUAACAAAUAAAAUUUAGAAAAAGGAAUAACUGAAUAAAUUAAAUAUCAAAAAUCCAAAUAAUUUGAACAUUUCCUGAGUGGUGAGGGAGGACCUGUGACCUCAGUGUUUCUAAAAUCUUUUCUACAGCCCUGAUUGUGAAAGUGAAAUAAGGUAUAAUGUCAUAUUGUAUAGUAGCAUGAAUAAUUCUUCAUUUAAAAAAGAAAAUGGAUGAACUGGUUUGACACAAUAAAAGCACUGAUCCUCAUCUUUACGUUUGUGCUUUCAGAUGCGCUAUCUCGAUCGUUUUUUUGUAUGCAACACUUUUGAAUAUUGUUGAAAGAAAAUUAAAUGUUUUUUUCAGGA